AUUAUAGCUAUGCUAUAAUGUUUUAUGUUUACAAUAUCGAGCUUUUAUUUUGGCAACCUCAGAAACCGGAUAUGUAGUGACGUAAUUCAGUUUGGAAGAACGGCGGAAAAGAGACGAAAGAAAGUCUAAAAGGUUCACGGUUAAAACGUAAAAGGCACGGAUAAAAUACAAGGUUUUAGCUUCGGUCAAUUGGGGAACAAGCUCUUACGUUGGUUGAUGACACGGAGAGCAAUAAAAAUCAUUUAACCAUCAGUUCUGGCCUUCUCAAUAUUGACCCGAUGCUACAGUAAGAGCUUGACCACCGCUACAGCCUGCAUGACGUAGUUACGAGAUUCAACGGCAAUACCCGCGACGUCCAGCAGGUGGCAGAAGUUGGUCAGAAAAUACAACAGUUCAACUAAAAGCACUCAAAAUGGAAGGAUCACAGGCUGCUUCAGUAAGUCAAAUGGAUGUAAAUGAACAGAUCACAAGUUUACAACAAGAAAUUCAAGAUUUAAAGAACUCACUUGAAGCUGAAAGUGAGGAUAGACAAAACAUUAAAGAUUCAAUCACAUGCAAGGAACAAAUUUUAACAGAGCUUCAAAACAAAGCUCAAAGCAUAUCAGAAUUACCAAGACGUUCUGAAAGAGUUAAAGUACAAACGGAAAAGAUGAUUACAUAUCAAAGGGAAGAAAUGAGCAAAAGGGAAAAAAGACUAACAACUCUUUAUGAACAAUGGAAAACACAGGUACGUGAAACAAGAGAAAAGUUAAAAUCAGAUAUCACAGACAAGGAGAUGUCAGAACUUGCAGAUAUAACAGAGCAAAGGAGGGAUGAUGUAUUAAGGUUAUAUUCAGAAAUAAGGAACCAAAUGGCACCAUCAUCUGACAUAAGGAGGAAGAUUGAUGCAUGUGAUGCAAUAACUCAUGACAUUGUUAGGAUAAUUUUGGAUAGAUUAAGUGGUGUUGAUGAGGAAUUUGAUGCAGAGCGCGAAAGAACUCGUUUACGUGAACUUUUAAAGCACGAUUACGCCCAAUCCAUAUACGGCUCAACCGCAGCAUCAAAUCGCAGCCAACGGUCCUCAGCUUCACAGCUCACAACACAACGAGCCGCCGCAGCAGCUGAGCUAGCUGCAAAGGAGGCUGAAUAUGAGACUGUACUAGAGGAAUUAAGACAACAGGAAAGGAUAAAAGCUCUAGAAGAGGAGCACAAGAAACAAAUGGCAGCUCAAACAUCUGAGUUAGAACGCUUAAAGGCACAGAAGGACGUGAAGGCAGCUCGAGCUAGGUUUGAAGCAUAUGACAGAGAGUUAUCACAGGUGAAUGAUGUACAGUCAAUAAAAAGUGAACAGGUGAAACCAUACUUCAUACCCAAACAGCCCACAUCAGCACUUUCUUUCACUCCUGCGCAGACAACUCCACCUAAUGUCUCUCAACUAGCUCAAGCCAUACAGGACAGCAUUAAACUGAACAGACUUCCCACGCCAGAACCAACAGUGUUUAGUGGUGAAUCACUAAGCUUUAUUGAAUGGAAAUCCACCUUCAUAUCACUGAUUGAACAACAGGGCAUCUCAACAGCAGAUAAGUUGUACUAUUUAAAGAGAUAUGUAACGGGCCCAGCUCGAAAAUGCCUUGAAGGGACUUUUUUCAGAAACGAUGAGGAGGCAUACAAAGACGCUUGGGACAAAUUGAAUCAGAGGUACGGCCAGCCAUUCGUGAUACAGAAAGCUUUUAGAGAAAGGCUAGCAAACUGGCCUAAGGUUCAGCCUAGAGAUGCUGAUGGACUAAGAGCAUUUGCAGAUUUCAUAAAUGCAUGUUUACUCGCGAUGCCUCACGUAAAGGGUCUACAAAUACUCAAUGACAGCGAAGAGAACCAAAAACUGUUGCACAAACUACCAGACUGGUUAAACGCAAGAUGGAACAGGCAGGUAACAAAGACUUUAUUGGAGGGCGGAGAGUUUCCAAGUUUUAGCGCUUUUGCCUCUUUCCUCUCGCUAGAAGCCGAAGUCGCCUGCAAUCCAGUCACCUCCAUUCAUGCACUUCGCUACACUGAAACAAACAACGACAAAAGGUACACAAAGGAAAUCAAAGGAAACAAGGCAAGUGUAUUUAACACAAAUACAUCUGUACAAAAUGACAAAAAGAUGAUAACAAAAAUACCUAACGGCUCACCAUGCACAAUGUGCCAAGGCACCCAUCAACUUCACUUGUGCCCGGACCUCUUGAAAAUGUCCCUAGAAAACAUAAGGAAAUAUGUGAAAGACAAUAGACUUUGUUAUGGUUGUCUAAAACAAGGACACAGUGCUAAGGACUGCAAACGCCGCCUCACCUGUGAAACUUGCACAAAGCGACACCCAACGUGUCUUCAUGAUGAAAAUUACAGGAACAGUCUGCAAAGAGAAACACGUGUAAACACAAUCAAUGCAACUCAAGGUAACUUACCUGAAACAGCAACAGCCAUGUCACUUAACGUUGCCAGAUCUGAACAGUCAGUCAGCACUUCAAUGAUUGUUCCAGUGUGGCUCUCGACGACCACCAACCCACUCAAAGAAAAACUGGUCUAUGCGUUACUGGACACACAGAGUGACACUGUUUUCAUCAAUCAGGAUGUCACGCAUGAGCUGCAGGCAGAUGUUUGUCCAGUGAAGCUGAAACUUACUACGAUGAUGGGUAAAAAUGCAGUUGUAAGCAGUGGAAAGGUGUCUGAUCUUUUAGUGAGAGGUUAUAACUCAGCCACAGUCAUAAAGCUCCCCACUGCAUACACAAAGGAUUACAUACCUGCUAACAGAGAACACAUACCUACCUGUGAAACUGCCAAACAGUGGAGUCACUUGCUGCCGAUAGUAGACGAGAUCCCUCCACUUCUCAGUUGUGAAGUAAGUCUCCUCAUAGGCUAUACUUGUUCUAGAGCUCUUGCACCCAAACAAGUAAUCUUAGGCAAAGAAAACGAGCCCUUUGCCAUUCACACUGAUUUGGGAUGGAGCAUAAUUGGCAACUCGACACCAGACGGCGAAACAGACAUGGUGAGCAGCCUCUGUCACCGAGUCACUGUUAAAGAAAUCCCUCCCUCCACUCCAGCAGAUGCAAUACGUGUGCUGGAAAGAGAUUUCAAGGAGAUCGACGGAAAUGAAAGGACUGUGUCACAAGAUGAUUUAAUAUUCCUUCAGAAUCUCAAGCAUGGCAUAACACGGACUGAAAAUGGACAUUUUGAAAUGCCAUUAACAUUUAAAGAAAAAACACAAAUGCCAGAUAACAGACAACUCGCUGAAACUGAGACUAAACCGGCUCAAAGACAAAUCAAAUACACUCACAACUGUGACUGAAAGACAAAACGCAGAGACUGUGAUUAUUAAAGACCUGCAAAGACACGCAUACCAAAAUGAAAUAGAGACAUUAAGCAAAGGCAAACAGCUUUCAAAGAACAACAAGAUGUACAACUUGGAUGUCCUUUUGGACAAGGACAAUGUGCUCAAGGUGGGAGGUAGGCUCCAUCACUCAUCGCUGCCCAGCUCAUUUAAACAUCCAACAAUCAUACCGAGAGAACAUCACAUCACAAAACUGAUAAUUGCUCACUGUCACGAAAGGGUCAAUCAUCAAGGAAAGGGCUUCACAAUGAACGAGAUACGAUCCAAUGGCUAUUGGAUUCCAAAGUUGAGUCAAACGGUUGCAUCCUACAUACGUCAGUGUGUGUUUUGUCGGAAACAAAGGAGACCUGUGGAAGGACAAAAAAUGAGAGACUUACCCACAGAAAGAAUUGAACAAUCUCCGCCUUUCACAUAUUGUGGAAUGGACGUUUUUGGACCGUUCCUGACCAAACAAGCAAGGAAAGAAUAUAAAAGGUAUGGCCUCCUUUUCACAUGUCUUUAUUCACGUGCAAUUCAUGUUGAAAUGCUAGAGGACCUAUCAACGGACGCCUUUAUAAAUGGGCUCAGAUGCUUUAUCGCUCUAAGAGGCUCUGUCAGACAAAUAAAAUGUGAUCAGGGUACUAACUUUGUAGGUGCCAAAAAUGAACUAAAUGCUGCACAAGGUGAAAUUGACACUGACAAACUGACAGCCUUCCUCGCAGAAAAACAAUGCGAAUUUGUUCUAAACACACCUCAUGCUAGCCACGCAGGUGGAGUAUGGGAACGACAGAUACGGACUGUGAGAAACGUUCUUAAGGCAACAUUAGCUCUCACGCCAGGUCGUCUCACCGACUCUUCACUCAGAACCUUCUUGUACGAAUCAGCUGCUAUAGUAAACAGCCGCCCCCUUACAACAGACAGUCUCAACGAUCCGAACAGUUUGGAGCCGCUAACUCCAAAUCAUCUGGUCACAAUGAAAACCUCAACCCCUCUGCCUCCCCCAGGACAGUUCGUUAAGGAGGACUUGUAUGCACAAAAACGAUGGCGUCAAGUACAGUACUUGCUCGAACAGUUUUGGAGCAGGUGGAAAAAAGAGUACCUGCAAAACAUAAUGGUCAGACAAAAAUGGCACAAGCCUAAAAGAAACAUGCAAA